AUGACCUUGGAGGCCAGCGAACACAGCUCGGACGAUCAUGCGUCCUCUUACGGGAACUACGAACCGUAUGAGGCCUCAGUCGCCUCGACAGCACCUUCAUCGCAGGCUUCUGUCUUUUCAGACACCCUCUCUGCACAGAGCUCUAUAGCGACUUCAAUAUCGGACGACUUUCGAAGUAGCCAGGAGGAUGCGCGUGAACAGGACAGGAUCUGCGCAGCCGCGCAGCUGCAGUAUCAGGUGCAGAACAACAAGCUGCCAGAGCAUUCGUCGCUUCCCGUUGGAGGCACGAAAGUAUGCGCACCAUUCCCAUCGUAUGCGGAUGUAACAUCUGUGCCAGCAUCGUACACUGUGCAUCCACGAAGAGGCUCACUCACGAGGAGCCAAAAGCCGCCGCUACUUAUCCGUCAACGAGAACGGAAGAACCACUUCGUUGACAACCUUGUCGACUCUGCCACACAAAUGGUCGAAGUCAUUUGGCCGUUAUCAGUCGUACCUUGCAGAAGUGAAGGCGGCGGACGUGGCGUGUUGCCGCUUCGCACCUACAUUGAAGAGACAUUGAAGCGCUCGCGCACCAGCUACUCCACAUUGCAGGUCGCGCUCUACUAUCUCAUACUAAUCAGGCCCCACGUGCCCAAGACGGACUUUACCCUGGAGCAAACCGUGGACUGCCCCGCCGACAGAUCCCUGAUGUGCGGCCGACGCAUGUUCCUGGCUGCACUCAUACUUGCGUCCAAGUACUUACAGGAUCGCAACUACUCUGCGAAAGCAUGGAGCAAAAUGUCAGGCUUGAAAGUAUGCGAAAUCAACAUGAACGAGCGAAUGUACCUGAGCAAGAUCAACUGGAAGCUCCAUAUCUCGCAGGCAACCUUCGAGAAAUGGCAGGAGCUUGUACUCAGGUUCUCCCCAACGCCAUCCUCGCCCGGCGGCGGUGCGACUGUCAAUACUUGGAAGCAGAUUGUACCCAUUCUCACACCCGAGCUGGACACCUUCACAACCAGCAGACCCGCAUGCCCAGCACUUGCACCGCGAGCUGAACUGUGUGACUUGUCGUCUUCAACAACCCCGACCCCGACCAAGUAUCUAGGUCAUGCACAUAUCGACUCGGCCUCACACGAGAGCACACCUACGCCCUCCACGAUCCUGCCACGGUUCUUGGAGCCGAGACCUGACAUCCAUCCACCAACGCCAGCCCUCGCUCGCAUGGGUCCUCUACCCACGCCGAACAUGACACCGUCGACCGUCGCCUCAAACACUCCUGCAGCGAGUGUAUGCGGCUCCCGACGGCCAUCCAUGUGCUCUGCAAUGGCUACGGCUCAGAAGAGUCAAUUGAGCAGAUGCUCUAUCGAUGCCUAUCCGGCCCAUCACGAAGCUCGUGCAUUGUCACGACGACCUUCGAUCAUGAGCAUGACAUCGUAUGGUUCCUCGCCAGAAUCGAUGAUGACAGAUCGCUCGCGAUCAUCGCGCUCGUCGUCCAUCUCUUCCAUCUCCACUGUCUCGACAACUGCGUCGCUGGCGCCACAGCGAGCCUGUUUGGCUCGCCAGGCGACUUGUCGCAACGUCAGACUGCCGCCACUUAGGCUGGUCAAGGAAGAGAAGGAAGGAAUCUGCACGAAGCCCAUCGUUAUCGACGAUGAUGUGGAGAUGGUCUCUAGCCCAGUCAUGGCAGACUUCCCCGUCAGCGAGAAGGUGUCGCGGCACAGUCGAGCAUCGAAGAACAUGCCGGUGGCAGCAUCGGCAACCUCAUCCAGUGAGAAAAGCCGAAAGCGUGGUCGUGCACACGGCAACCGUCGGUCGGAACUUCAAGAAGAAGUUCGAUAUCUCCUCGAAGAGUCUUUCGAGGAUGAGAUGGAUCUUGAUGACACUAUCGUCUCGUCGCCGGAGGCGGCAACUUAUGCCUCGAACAUGCUCUCGCACGAUUAUUCGACCAAGCAAGUGCAGCACCCGGUCAUGUAUGCUCGUCGAGAGUCGAAGCGCGUGCCCGUGCAAAAGAACGAUGGCAGAAAGCGCUUUUGCGGCUCGACGAGUGUCAUGUCGAUCUCGCCCGUGCCACUCUACGGCGAAGUGGUGUAA